AUGGAGAUCGCGCUGGUAACGCUGGAGAACGGCGGCGCCACGGCCAUCGGCGAAGAUGGCCCCGGAGGCGGCCUGAGCCGGGCUGAGCGGCUCCCUUGGCUCCCCGAGUGCGGCGGCAAGGAGGGCUGCCCGGAGCCGGGCUCAGCGCGCGGCCCCUCGCGAGGCCUCCUGCGCCCACCAGACGGGGCCAUGCUGGCGGCCGACGAAGAAGGGCCCCCUCGCCCGGGUAGGGCCAGGGCCGCGGCCGCGGCCGCGGCCCCGUCAGCUACCGAGCCGCCGCCGCCGCCUUUGUCGUUGGCGGGUGCUGGGGGCGACGAGGGCGACGAGGGGCCGGAGGCGGAGGCGGAGAGCGAACGCGCCCUGGGCGGCCAGCAGCGCGUCCUGCUCAACAUCUCCGGGCUGCGCUUCGAGACGCAGCUGGGAACCCUCAGCCAGUUCCCGGACACGCUGCUGGGGGACCCCGAGAAGCGCAUGCGGUACUUCGACCCGCUGCGCAACGAGUACUUCUUUGACCGCAACCGGCCCAGCUUCGACGGCAUCCUCUACUUCUACCAGUCCGGCGGCAAGCUGCGGCGGCCCGUCAACGUCUCCAUAGACGUGUUCGCCGAUGAGAUCCGCUUCUACCAGCUGGGCGACGAGGCCAUGGAGCGCUUCCGCGAGGACGAGGGCUUCAUCCGCGAGGAGGAGAAGCCUCUCCCAGCGCACGAGUUCCAGCGUCAGGUGUGGCUCAUCUUCGAGUACCCAGAAAGCUCCAGCUCGGCGCGGGGCAUCGCCAUCGUCUCGGUGCUUGUCAUCCUCAUCUCCAUCAUCACCUUCUGCCUAGAGACGCUGCCCGAGUUCCGCGACGAGCGGGAGCUGCGCGUGCCCCUGCUCCUGUCGCCCAACGGCACGGAGGAAAGCGCCCCGACGGCGCCCAGCGCCCUCAGCGACCCCUUCUUCAUCAUCGAGACCACGUGCGUCAUCUGGUUCACCUUCGAGCUGCUGGUGCGCUUCUUCGCCUGCCCCAGCAAGCCCGAGUUCUCCAGGAACAUCAUGAACAUCAUUGACAUUGUGGCCAUCAUCCCUUACUUCAUCACGCUGGGGACGGAGCUGGCUCAGGAGCAGCAGAAGAAGGAGCAGCCGCAGGGCGGCAGUAGCAGUAGCAGCAGCAGCAGCAGCAGCAAUGGGGGCCAGCAACAAGCCAUGUCCUUGGCCAUCCUGAGAGUCAUCCGCCUGGUCAGGGUCUUCCGGAUCUUCAAGCUCUCCAGGCACUCCAAGGGGCUGCAGAUCUUGGGUCAGACUUUGAAAGCCAGCAUGAGGGAACUGGGCCUUCUCAUCUUCUUCCUUUUCAUCGGAGUGAUUCUCUUCUCCAGUGCCGUGUAUUUUGCUGAGGCUGAUGAUCCCGAAUCACAUUUCUCCAGCAUCCCCGAUGCCUUCUGGUGGGCCGUGGUCACCAUGACCACGGUGGGCUAUGGAGAUAUGAGGCCUGUCACUGUAGGGGGCAAGAUUGUGGGGUCCUUGUGUGCUAUUGCUGGCGUGCUCACCAUUGCCCUGCCUGUCCCCGUUAUCGUCUCCAACUUCAACUACUUCUACCACCGAGAAACUGACCACGAUGAACAGGCCAUCCUCAAGGAGGAUUCUAGUACUGCUCAAGGUGGCUCAGCCGGGGACUUGAAGAGACGAACCAGCAAAGACUCUUUGGACAAAUCCGUUGUGCACUUGGAAAAUGCUGAGGGGGUUAACAAUGGGACCGGGUCUGUGGAAAAGGCCAACAUCAAAGCUAAAAGCAGCAUGGAUCUCAGAAAAUCUCUCUAUGCACUCUGCCUGGAUACCAACAGGGAAACAGACUUGUAAAACAAGGGGAAUAGGAAGAACGUGGAAUUAUUAGAGAAAGCUAAAUGGUACUGUCACUUAGUAUUCAUUUUUGAAAUAUGGUAGCUGUUCUUAAGAAACCUUCAGGAAAAAGCAAAUUAUUUUGUUUCAUUUUGGUUUUUAAUGUUCUCCCCUUCCCAUGAGACUGUCUUCUAUUUAUAAAACCAGCUAAGAUUGAGCUAGACACCUCCCAUUAUCUAGGAGGCUUUCUAAGCUGUCAAGUGCAAAUUGAUGUUGCUUGCGGAUAAUUUAUUUUACUAAAGAAGAAACAGUUCAUUUGUAGCACAGUUCAUUUGUCCAAACCCUCUUUUCCCAUGGGAAGUAAAUGGAUUAUUUGUUGGUACUGUAGUUUCAAGCCGAAAUAUUUCUAUUUUCUAUAUGUCUGAUUAUAUUUAUAGAUGAAAAGAGCACUUUUUGGUGAUGUAUGACUUCAUAAAAUCUCUAGAAACUUUUAGUGAAGUAAUAUAUCCCCCCCCCUUUUAGAACAAAACUGAUUUUCUCGUGUGUGAAGUGAAUGUGGUAUUUUCAGCCUUCUAGCAGAAAAGUAUUUUGUUGUCAGAGUUGGGUUUUUGUUCUCUUGUUGAGCCUUAAAUUAUUAAAAAUGCAGAUUUUUUUCUUAAUAAAUACAUAUAAUACUGUAUAAUAUUUCUGAUAAUACAGUGAUGUGCUUUUUAUCCCAAGGAACAAAAAUCUUAAAAGUUUGUUGGUGUUGCUGUUUGGUUGUUUGUCCUUUAUAACUGGUGUUUUUUAAGGGUUUUGUUUUGUUACUAGAAACUGUUUACUGUUAAUCAGGUUUGAUCCAAGUGCACCACAGAUCAAAGGCACUGGACAUGACAUAAGCAGAGCGUGGGAAUAAAUAUGCUCAGGAUGUGAAGCCUUUUGAAUU